UAGAAGCAGAUCAUCAAACUAUUUAAAACUAGAACAUUAAGUUUGAUAUUUAGAUUUUUGCUUAAGGCUGGAUUACUUUUGUUUGACUUGGUUUCGGGGAAAGCUUACUUAAAUGCCAUCUCUUGCUUUGUGCUGUGUGUUCUUACAGUUACCUGUGGAGUAAAUGUGUCCGCUGUAAACCAACGGUUUCCGCUCUUGCCGUGUUAUUAUGAUGGCUAGCUGUUGCUAGCAGGCUAGCUAGCUGUAUGGCUGGUGUUGGUACUGCUGCAAAGAGGGCGAUAAUUAGCUAGCAAGCGGGCGACGCUCGCUCGGCAGAUACUUCGUGGUAGACAGUCAGACAGUUCGCCUCUGUUCACACGGCUGAUAAGACCAUUUAACCGACGAUGCACUGGAAAUAGCGGUAAGGCUGAUCAUCACAUGGGAUUAUGAUACAUAUACUGAGUGGAUUAUUCAUCAUGGCUUUUGAAAUUAUGGAGUGAUUUUUCCGAUUAACAUCAUGCGCGCCGUCAAAUCAGACCUCGUCCACCGCUGCCAGGAUUCCCUGUCCUCACGUUUGGAUUUAUCAGGCGGUUUUUAAAGACCAGCUGCCGCAGCUGGAUGUGCAGUCUUCUUUUUUUCAUUGUGCUUCCAGCUAAACAUUAACUAUGUGUCUAAGCGGGUGGAAUAUGCCCAAAUACAUAUAAAUAUCAGUGGGAAUUUGUGCGUAGGAAGCCCAAAGAAGGAAGUCCAGGACGGGAUAGGUACACAGAAACUAACCGUUCCCAAAGAAACAUGGCCUCGGUUUGGAAGAGACUGCAACGUGUAGGCAAGCAUGCCUCCAAAUUCCAGUUUGUGGCAUCCUAUCAGGAACUGAUGGUGGAAUGCACAAAGAAAUGGCAGCCAGACAAACUGGUUGUAGUUUGGACGCGCAGGAGUCGGCGGAAAUCCUCCAAGUCCCACAGCUGGCAGCCUGGCAUCAAAAAUCCCUACAGAGGAGUGGUUGUGUGGCCGGUACCGGAGAACAUCGAGAUCACUGUUACUCUUUUUAAGGACCCACAUGCAGAGGAGUUUGAAGACAAAGAGUGGACAUUUGUCAUUGAAAAUGAGUCUCCAUCAGGGCGGAGGAAGGCUUUGGCCACCAGCAGCAUAAACAUGAAACAGUAUGCCAGUCCCAUGCCCACACAAACAGAUGUCAAACUAAAGUUUAAGCCCCUGUCCAAGAAGGUGGUGUCAGCCACUCUGCAGUUCUCACUCUCCUGCAUCUUCCUCCGUGAGGGAAAGGCCACUGAUGAGGACAUGCAGAGCCUAGCCAGUCUGAUGAGCAUGAAACAGGCUGACAUCGGUAACCUGGAUGACUUUGAGGAGGAGAAUGAGGAGGACGAGGAGAACAGGGUUAACCAGGAGGAGAAGGCUGCAAAGAUAACAGAGAUAGUAAACCAGUUGAAUGCCCUCAGCUGCUUACAUGGGGAUGAUGAUGAUGAUGGUGUCCUUAAGCGAGCACGCAAAGCAACCGCUAAGCCUGCCGCUUCCUCCCAAGAGCUGAUCAGCAAGCUGAACUUCCUUGAAGACGAGGAUCAGGACACACCUCCUGCCAUGGGUGUCAAUCCGUUUGAUGAGCCUGAAAACGACCUUCAUGAUCCCAACGACUUGAACCCAUUUGGUGAUCCUGAUGAGGAAGUAGAGCCCCCUGCCCAGCCGGUUCUGAGAGAGCGGGUUGAUGAUGAUUCCUUCUAUGACUCAUCAAAUCCAUUUAAUGAUCCCGAUGAAGCGGAGGCUGACAUGGCACCAGGGAACCCCUUUGACGACCCAGACCAGGAAAUGGACCCACAGCCAGACCCAGAGCCUCCCAAACCAAGGCAAAGGAAAGGUGUACGGCCUGUUGAUAUGAGCAAGUACUUGUAUGCCGACACUUCCCACAACGAGGAAGACGAGCUAGAUGAAUCCAACCCAUUCUAUGAGCCAAGGACAUCGAGCCCUACACGGCCACCCGCUAGCGGCCCUUCCCAAGAUGUGGGCAGCAGCCAGAAGAGGAGGGCUCCCCCACCCCCCAGUUUCAGCGCUGGUCUCUGUCCCAGUGCACCAGCUCCCAAACCAAGCUCUGGCCCAGACAGAGAGAGAGCCCAACCAGCAGGGCCCAGCUCUGUCGCAGCAGUAAUGGGGAGAGAGCUGGCGUCCUCUUCCCCUAAGCCCAGUCCAGUCCCAAGUCCAGUUUUGGGUGGGAAGCCCAAUGCCAGCCAGUCUCUGCUGGUCUGGUGUCGAGAGGUCACCAAGAACUACCGUGGGGUGAAAAUCACGAACUUCACCACCUCCUGGAGGAAUGGCCUGGCCUUCUGUGCCCUGCUGCACCACUUCAGACCUGACAUAAUAGACUACAAGUCGCUCAAUCCUCAGGAUAUUAAAGAAAACAACAAAAAGGCGUAUGAUGGCUUUGCCAGUUUGGGCAUCUCCCGUCUCCUGGAACCAUCCGAUAUGGUGCUGUUGGCUAUUCCAGACAAGCUCACUGUAAUGACCUAUCUGUACCAGAUCCGGGCCCACUUCUCUGGCGAGGAGCUCAAUGUUGUGCAGAUAGAAGAAAACAGCAGUCGCAGCACCUACAAGGUGGGUGACUUUGAAACCGAUACCAACGCCUCCAUAGGUCAGGACAAAUUCUAUGCUGAACUGAAUGACGUGCAGCACCGCCAGGCUAACUCUCAACCUGUUACAUCUACUGGUGAUGUUAACGCUGAGUCAAAUGGCAGUAAAGCAGAAGAGGAGGAGGCGAUGGAGCCAAGUUGGAAGGCUGAAACAGGAGUAGUUUCAGCCACCUCGCAAACAGCAGGACCAUUGUCAUCUCCUGUCCCAUCGCCACGUACAGCAUUAUCCACCUCAGUGACAGACUCCACUGGUAGACCAGCUCUUGGGUCCAAUGUGACACCAUCAGGCUCUGAGGACAGGGGGAAAUUUCUCAAAGCCGACACUUUGGACUUAAGUGAGUUACCGCAGAGGGUGGAGAGAGCAAUGGAAAAGGACAGACAGCAGAAGGAUGAGGAGAGGGGAGAGGCUGGAGCAGAGCCAGGCUCCCCCACCAGAAGAGGGGCUUCCCCAUCAUCAUCGUCACCCCACCAGAAACUGGGCUUCUCCUAUAACAGGGAUGCUGACCUCAUUAAGAAGAAGAGGGCCAGCCUGCGUCACUCUGAGUCGGAGCCCUCGACGGACACCAGCUCCCCUUCAGUUAACCACACAGACACGACCCCCAAACAGGAGCCAACACCUGCUCCUGUAUCAAGUCCCCCCGCUGAGAAGAAAGUACUGUCCCGUCAGGAGGAGCUGAAGGAAAGAGCCAGACUUCUACUGGAACAGGCCCGCAGAGACGCUGCGAUGAAGGCUGGCCAGAAAAACUUCCCCAACUCAGCUGUGACUGCACCAGCCAAAGCCACAAGUGUCUCUGAUGAGCGGGAUGCAGAGCGGCGGAGACAGCUGAGAGAACGAGCCAGGCAGCUGAUUGCUGAGGCUCGAUCCGGAGUCAAGAUGUCUGACAUGAGCUUGUUGGAUGCAACCAGCACCGACAGAGCCCGGGGCACCAAGACUGGCCCUACCGGAGAUGUUUUAGAUGGAGUGAGAGGUCGUCCUGAGGAUGGUGGAGUUGAUUUUGAAAGGGGUGAGGAAGAGGAGGAGGAGGAAAGAGCUGAGGAGGAGCAGCUCCAUAUUGGUGGUAGUGGUGAUGAUGAUGAUGAUGAUGGUGGUGAUGGCGAUUCCGCUGUUUUUGCUGCCACAUCUGCGUCUGCUCUGGUUACUAACCCACUGCCAAUUGAGGCCUCGCUUCCAGACACUUCCACCACGCAGGGCACGUCAGAGCUUACUAACCCUGGCUCUGAGCUAACAUCUCUGGGUACAAACAGCAAGAAUGUGGACUUAAAGCUGAAGAAGCUGGUGGAAGUCAAACCAGGAGGAGUCACAUCACCUUCAUCUCCGUCCUCCACGUCCUCGUCAUCUUCACCCACAGCUUCCACUACCUCCCCACUCAGCCCUGCUGAAGGAUUAGAGAAUAACGCAGAUGAGUUGCGAGCAGAGCGGCUGCGCAGGGCGACGGAAAGGUUGCGAAGCCCGGUUGUCUUUAACAAGGACUCUGCAGUCAGGAAAACACAGCUUAAGUCAUUCAGCCAGUAUGUGGAGAGCCGACCAGAGGUGAAGAGACAAAAAUCUGUUCCUGAGGAUAUGAAGAAGGCUGCAGAUGAGAGGGGAUCACCGACAGAUAUUGAUAUUCGCAGGCCAUUUGAAGAGGAGAAGGCGUUCAAAGACACCAGUCAGUAUGUGGUUGGGGAGCUGUCUGCGCUGGAGAGCGAGCAGAGGCACAUAGACGCCCGAGCAGCUCGCGUGGAGAAGAGGCUGCGCUAUCUCAUGGACACAGGAAACAACAAGGAGGAGGAGGAGGCCAUGAUGCAGGAGUGGUUUAUGUUGGUCAACAAGAAGAACGCUCUCAUCAGGAGACAGAACCAGCUCUCUCUGCUGGAGAAAGAGCACGAUCUGGAGCGGCGCUUUGAACUGCUCAACAGAGAGCUGAGAGCAAUGCUGGCCAUCGAGGACUGGCAGAAGACCGAGGCCCAAAAGAGACGAGAGCAACUGCUGCUGGAUGAACUAGUCAUACUGGUCAACAAACGGGACGCUCUGGUCAGGGACUUGGACGCCCAGGAGAAGCAGGCCGAGGAGGAGGACGAGCACCUGGAGAGGACGCUGGAGCAGAACAAAGGCAAGAUGGCCAAGAAAGAGGAGAAGUGUGUCCUUCAAUGAUUGUCAUGUCAGUAAAUAAACCAACAAAUGUAGCCGAUAAAAGAAUUGUACGAUUAUUAUUAUUGGUUAUUAUUAUUUGAUAGUGGCUUUCCUAGACAUUUCUAUCACCUUUAUUGAAACCCUGAUGUGGUUUUUGUUUUGGUCAAAUUAAUCCCAGAGACUCGGCUGAAUUUAUGGGCCCUGCGAUGCCUUUGCACCAACUUUUUACUGACUCAAACAGUCUCUUAUAUACAAAAUAUUUUUUAUUUUGAUUUUUUGUUUUUUGUUUGCUUUACCAGGAGAGGUACUUAUAUGUAAUAUAAAUAUGUAUGAGACAAAAGCAGUGCAAACCCUACAGACUGUUAAAGAUGUUUGUGUGUAAUAAUGUUUGAAAGCUGAGCAGCAGCACAACCUUUUCUGUGUGAAAGUAGAGAUGAGUCGGUUUAAGGUACAGCACAACAGGGUUUACUGUGGGGACUCGUUCUUGUUUUUUUUUUUUCUUCUUUUUUUCCAUCAUUGAAAAGAUGAUGUGGAGUUGACAUUUCAGUUGGACUUUAAAAUGAUAAAGAUUAUAAUUUCAGUCUUCUAAAGCUACUUCAUUACUUGACUGUAUCUUUUUAAUUGUUUCACUCACAAGUUUCUACUUGUAAAAUAUCUUAAAGGGGAACGCGUUAACGUUCAUGAAUCAUGCAUAAAUUUACCUUUCCUAUUGCUUUUUUAUUGUCUUGGCUUGAAAGCAGUUUACCAAACAUUUGAGAGCUGGUUCAGCUUAAAAUUUCAUGUUUUAAAUAAUGUCUUGUUGUAUAUUUUCAUCACUGCUCUGACCAAUAUCUUCCUAAAUCCCCUUUUGGAGGGAUUCAUGCAGUCAAAAACAAAAGUAUAUAUAAAUAUAUAUAUUAUUUAUUGCCGUUUGUCCUUUAAGCUGCUUGUAAGUGAACUACCAUCACAUUUCAUGUGCAUUUUGCUCAACUUGGUUUCUAUUUAUUGUAUACUGAAGAAGAGAAAAUAUGCUUCCACAUGCAUCUCUUAUAGCUUCACUUUUGCAGAUGUCAUUUAAGUGUGAACAUUUAUCUGUUUAUUUAUUCCAGUGUCAUAACCCAAGUCUUCAAUAAAGUCCUGUGAUUUCAUACUCCA